GUAAAGUUAUUUUGCGCUGUGUGUGUGUAUGUGUGUUUGUAAUUGAGCAGCAGUAGUUUGAUGUAAUGGAGUGGAUGGGCGAGUCAGUCCGCCUACACGGCCUUUGUGUUGAUGUUCAGGCGGUGCAACAGCGCUGACAGUCCGCGACCAGAGCAGCACCAGAGAACAGCAUUCCCAACACCCAUCCACCAUAAAGAGAGGAAGAGAGGGAGAGAAAGAGGACAGACGGGGUUUUGGGCGAUUUGACUGUAAGGGAGUGUAGCUGGUCUGAAUCAUGGCCACUUCAACGUCAUGCACGGGCUCCACACUGCUGCAGCCAAUUAGUAAGAUUAUUGAUCUGCCACUGGACCAGGUAAACUUUGUUUUGUGGUAUGUCUUCUCUUUGGUCUGGUCAUUCUGGUUCAGACUCUACCUGCACCCUAGCAAGACAAGUCCCUUCAUCCGGCAUGUAGUCGCCACCCUGCUGGGCUUCUAUUUGGCCCUCUUCUGCUUUGGCUGGUAUGCCUUACACUUUCUGGUACAGAGCGGUCUCGCUUAUGGCGUUAUGAUCUUCACAGGCGUGGAACACAUGCACAAAUACUGCUUUGUGGUUACGCUGGGAUAUCUCAGUUUCUGCCAGGUUACAAGAGUCUAUGUAUUUGACUACGGCAUGUACUCAGCAGACUUCACUGGGCCCAUGAUGGUCAUCACACAGAAGAUCACAAGUUUGGCCUUUGAGAUUCAUGAUGGGUUGAUGAAGAGGGAGGAGCACCUAAAGCCCAGUCAGAAGUAUCUUGCUGUCAGGAAGAUGCCCAGUCUGCUGGAGUAUCUGAGUUAUAACUGUAACUUUAUGGGGAUCUUGGCCGGCCCGACCUGCUCCUAUAAUGAUUACGUAGCCUUUAUAGAAGGCCGAUGCUAUGAGCCCAAGCACCUGGAGUCAAACGGCAAAGAGAAUGGGAAAUUCAAGCAGAGUGACCCUUCACCUAAGAGGGAUGUGAUCCAGAAAGUGUGCACGUGUGCUCUGUCACUAAUGGUUUAUUUGGUGAUCUACGCUGCCUGCCCUACGGAGCGGGUCAUCGACGACACCUUUAUGGCCUCUAACCCUUUCUACAUCCAGGUCUUGUACCUCUACAUCUCCAUGUUGGCUUUACGCCCCAAAUACUACUUUGUAUGGACGUUAGCUGAUGCCAUCAACAAUGCAGCUGGUUUUGGGUUUAAUGGCUAUAACACAGAUGGCACCCCCAAAUGGGACAGAAUAUCAAAUUUAAGAAUACUCAAUAUUGAGUUUGCCACCAGCUUCAAGAUGUUCUUGGAUAACUGGAACAUUCAGACGGCACUUUGGUUGAAAAGAGUGUGUUAUGAGCGCUGCCCGUACAAUCCGACUGCGGCCACAUUCCUCCUCUCAGCCAUCUGGCACGGAGCUUACCCAGGGUAUUACCUGACCUUCAUCACAGGCAUUGUUGUAACAAUGGCAGCACGGGCAGUAAGACACAAUGUGAGGCAACACUUCCUGGGCUCCGCCACGCUCAAGCUCAUCUAUGACAUGAUCACGUGGUUCAGCACACAGAUGGCCAUUUGUUACACUGUUGUGCCAUUUGUACUGCUGGCAGUGGGGCCUUCACUAAAGUUUUAUAGCUCGUGGUACUGCUGCAUUCACCUGCUCUGCGUGUUGCUGGUGCUGGUUUUACCCGUGAAGUCCAGACGCACGAAACAACAGGAACAGCUGAGCAGCGUUCAGGCCAGCGAACAGAACUGUCUCUCCUCUCCUGACAACAACUGCAACCAGAAGCAGAAAGCCUCGUGAGGGCAGGAAGGGCUGCUCGUCCUGCACACAGCGCUGUGAGGAACUCUGAUAUCAGUACUGAGAGACACAGAGCGGCCAUUUCCUCCCUUAGAUCCAACCACACUGACAGAGACAUAAACUCCAGCAACAAUACAGUGAUUGGAGAUGGGUUUUAAACAGGAAAUCUUCAUAGGAUCGUAUGAAAUUGGUUGAUUGAUUAUUAAAAUGGUGAAUAAUUGACUUCUUUGUCAGUUAAUCUGAAGUUGCCUUAAACACUCCAUAUAUUUAGGACCUGAAGCCUCGUAUGGGGAUGGUGUUACAUAGGAACAGACCAGUCAUUGAUGGCUUAUUGAUUCACUACAUUAGUGCAGGAAGUCUAGCACUGGAAUCAAGUUCGACGGUACCUAGAAGGUUUCUGCCAUUGUCAAUUUAACAAAGUAACCUCUUUUUCAGUUCUUCUCAAAGGAAAUGUGUGCGGUAAAUGAUAAGAAACGAGUCCAGUUGUGUGUUGCCAAACUUAUAGGCCUUAGGUUCCUAUCUCUUGCCUUUGUUUCAUCUUUAUUCUUAAUUUCUGUGGGUUUCUAGUAGGUUCAUAUCUGCUGCUUUCUUUCUCAGCCUUUGUCAACAUCUUCGAGUGUGUUGUCCUUUGGAAAAUUUUUGCUAUCAUUUUUCAGUUCUUUUUGUUUAUUAUUAUUAUUAUUAUUAAUUUUGGUUGGAUUAAGGGUUAUAUUAAUGCUCUUUUUAGGUUUCCUCAGGGCACACAGGUCUUGUUUUAGACCAUUUUAGAUUUUUUUCUUUAACAUCUGUGUUUCUCCUGCGACAUAGAGCCCAUCUGGAGAAAACAGAAGACAGUUCAAUAAUAUUCAUUAUCACAGCUUGUUUGUGUUUUUAUGUUACAGACAGAUAUGGGAAGUGCAAUAACUGUAUUGUUUCCAUAGGUGCAUGUUAAUGGAAAAUGGAAAAUACUUUGCAAACACUGCUAACGCUCUCAUCACAUCAACAAUAGUCCGAAUUUUGUAGUGGUUCAGUAUGUAAGUACACUACCGGCCAAAAGUUGGGACAAAUCAGAUUUGUUCCUCUUGAUCUUAAAAACCUGUUGAUCUAAAGGCGUAUGCUUGAAAUGAGUAAAUAUGAAUACAAAUUGUGCCAACAUAGUAAUUCCUUAAAACGAAAAUAUGUAGUUUUAAUAGCGUUUUUUAUUUAUUUAUCUUUUUUGUCCAUCUUAUCCGUUGUUUCGUUUCUUUAUCCAUCUUUUUUUGCUUUGUUUUGUUUUUUGUUUUAUUUUGUUAUGUUUUGUUGUGUUGUUUUAGUUUUUUUGUUUUUUUUGUUCUGUUUUGUUUUGUGGUUUGUUUUUGUUUUGUUUUGUUUUGUGAUUUGUUUUUGUUUUGUUUUGUGAUUUGUUUUUGUUUUGUUUUGUUUUGUUUGCCUUAUAGUGUUGGAAAAGCAGCCAACACCAGUGCUCAGCAUGCUUGGGAACUACAUAAUUCCUAUAUUUCCAUUUGUUAUUUUAUAGUUUUGACGACUGUGUUAUUCUAAAAUGUGGAAAACUGUAGUAAUAAUAAUAGUCUUAACUUUUUACUGGUGGUGUACUGUACAUGCAGUCAUCAGAUACAUGCAGUUUAAACUUUUAUUUAAUGCCCCCCCUCCAUGAAUACAUCAAUACUCUUGGGCCCUAAAGAAACCUGCAAGUUGUGUGAUUUCAUUUAAGAAUUUUACUUCAACUGUGAUCUUCUAAAAGGCCUUCGAGAGCCUUGCUCAUUUGUUUCAAGUGUCUGGAAAAUCAGACCUCAUCAUAUUCCGCAGAAUCUAAUUUUUGAUAUGUGUAAUUAUGUUGACGCAUUUAUUUUCAUCCAAACAUUUUAUCCCUUGUUCAAAGCGACUCUAUAUGUUAGUUUUUGUUUUGUUUGGUUUUCAUUUGGUAAUGAAGGGCUGAAGGGACUAAAGCAUUUACCAAAGUGAGUCUCACUGGAUUUUUGUGAACUAAGCAAGUUCAGUAACAAGAAAAACAUAUUCUUGGGCGUGAAGUUGACCAGCCUCCAUUUGGAGAAAACGCUCUGAACCAGCCCCCUGUGGUUUCGUAAGCACACUUCUCUAAAGUCUUAUUGUAUUGAAUUACCAUAAUGACUUACAGCCCUGUACCAACAGUUUUAGUUACUGCAAAACCAAUAUGAAGCUUAAUAAUAAGCAACUCUGCUGGAAAGAUCCAGAUAUAUACUGUAUAAUUUCUCUUUUUGGCCUUUUUGUCUCUUUUUUAUAAAGGUUUUGCUUAUUGAUUUCUUUUAACUGCCCAAAGGGGAUAUGUCCCACAGUAACCAGUGUACUAACUAGCACCUCAAUGCAAAACUUGUUUUAAAUGUCCAGAGUGCCAAAUCACAUGAGGUGCACAAAAAGAUCAUGUUAUUUGUACAGGUUUACAACAGGGUGAGAGGUUUGUACUUUAAAAAACAAGUCAUUUAUUUGGUCUGAUGCUGACGUUAUUUUUACCUACUGAGAUUUUGGGAUGAAAUAUUUUUCACUCCCUCCCUAUUUGCACUUUUGGUAGGAAUGAGUCGGGGUAGAGCUAACUUGCAAGCAAUGCAAGAAAGCAAUGCAAGAAACCUCAGUGCUACUCAACAGUUAGAGUUUGUGGUUAAUGGAUGAAUUUGCCCAAAAUGUUAAAUUCAUUGUAGCAGCGAAGGAGAAUCAGGAUGGUGUUCCAGUGUUAUGGGGAUAUAGUGUAAACAGGCUUCAUCCAUAGAAAGACGUUAAAUGUGUGUUAAUUUCUGUUUACGUGUAAACAUCGUCCCUUUGUUCAGAUAAUGUUCAGCUUAAUACAGCGUAACAUCUUUUUUAAGGCCCAAGUAAAAGUGGAGGCACGUUUUUUAAGGCCUUAUUUAUCUGUAAUAUUUUGAUUUAGUCAUCAUUUAUUUCAAUACCAUUUCCAACUACUGAUUCUACAAAGAAUGACCCAAAACUGUGUUGACUACUGUACGUUUUUUUAUUUUUUAUUAUUAAUAAUAUAGUGCAUUUGUUGUCUAUCAGCCACCUCAGUUCUGUUGUUUGUCAUUGUCUUGUUGGUCUUUAAUGGUCAUCCAAAAUAAGUGAUUGUGACCCUUAGUGAACAAGCAAACCCCCUUAACUGGUUGCUAAAGCUUUCCAGAUAUUGCACAGAAUCGAUUAACUUUUCCAUUGUAAUUCCUACUGACUGGUUGUGAUGUUGCAUAACCUGGCAGUGUACAGCAAAACUAUAAUGUAAUACGUUUGUGGAGAGAUACAGAAAUAAGUAAUCCCUUAUAUGUUAGCUACUUCAAUAUAUAUCAGUUCACCAAUAUACAUUAUACAACACAAGGUUGUCUGUGCAAAUGUACUUGGAUUGAGAACUGUCCAGAGGAGAACAAACACAGCCUCUUUUUAUUUUCUGUAAUAAUCAGAAUCUGAGAUGUGAUACUUACCCAGCAUUUGAAUUAUUUGACAAACCGAGUGCUCUGAAGUUGUACCAAGCCAAACCAUUUUUCCUUUGAAUAAAGGAUUUGACAUUAAAAAUGAAUUCCACUACCAUGAUGACAGUCUCAAAACAAAUAAACCAUAUUUUCCUU